AACGCCCAUUCCAUCUGCUGGUUUGCAUUGCAUGCUGAGAAGCUUGUCAAUUCCUUGCUUACCACACUGAACCACCAUACCAAUUCACCCCACACACUUACACGCCUAUUCCCUUUCAACAACAAGGACAACAACAAACAAUCACUCACUCACUCCUUCAUCCACUCUCGCCUACCUAUUCCACUUACAACACUCACAUCUACAUCCACAAUGGCCAUCCGAGAACACUUCCGCCGUGCUCUGCGUUCCGACGCUUCCGGCUCUCAACUCGAGGCCACCACUCCUGGAAAGAUCACUGCUACCAUCACAAAAUCCAGCCAGACCAGCGACAAGUCGUCCUCAUCAAAGUCGUCCUUUGCGGAGAAGCUGUCCCGUGGCUGGACGUGGGGGUCCAACAACCGGGAGAUCAAGGCCCGCAAGCCAAAGAACAAGGGCAAGAAGAAGAUCGUCCACCCGAGCGAGAAGCCAAUGACGGCCCAGAACCUCGAGCACCAGGAGAUGCUCUCUCACUUCCAAUGGACCUUUGGCGCCUCCCGACCCGAGCAGGUUGAGGAUGAGGAUUUCAUCGGCAUCAGCCCCUGCUGCACACGCGCCCCUAGCGUCGUCGACUUUUCUCUUGACCGCGACAGCGACAGCGAUGGCCGUUCCUCAUCAUCUUCGUCCUCUUCCGUCAAGUCGGCGUAG